CCUCCCGAGGGGCGGUGGAGGAAGGGGCGGGGCCAGUUGUGGCCACGCCCCCUCGCGCGCGCCGGCCGUGCCGGUCAGCCCCACGGCCAUGGGGGGGCCGUGGUGACGCCGGUGACGCCGCGGCAUGGAGCCGGGUGGCGGCCGCCCCCCCGGUGCGCUGGCGGCGCAGGACGCCAUCGUCUUCUCCGACGCCGCCCCCCCGGCCGCCGGGCCCCCCGGGCCCCCCCUGCCCGCGCCCGCCGACGUCUUCUGGGCCAGCCUGGUGCAGGCCCAGCUCUGCGUCUGGGACCUGCAGGGGGCCAUCGACGGGCAGCACGGGGACACCGGCGGCACCCACGGCGGCGGCAGCCACGGUGGUGACACCCAUGGUAGUGGCACCCAUGGCAGUGGCACCCAUGGUGGUGGCACCGCUGGUGGUGGUGGUGGCACCCAUGGGUCCGACCCUGGUCACCAGGGGGGCUCGCACCAGCGUGUCCCCACCCAUGGGACCUCCUCCUCCGAGCCCGUCCCCGUGUACGGGAGCGCCCCGGUGGGAUGCGUGGGCACCCAUGGGAGCUCCUCGCCCCUGUGCACGUCUCGGGGUGGGAGCACGCUGAUGGAGCACCCAAGCCGUGGAGCUGCGUGUGAGAGCUUCUCACCCGUGGACGUGGGUGGGAGCAUCUCACACGAGCACGUGGACAGCCAUGGGACCGCCAUGGCCACCUAUGGGACCACCUCCUCCGAAUCCAUCCCCACCUACGGGAGUGCCUUGGCAGAGCACGUGGCCACCCAUGGGACCAUCUCCUCUGAGUCCAUCUUCACGUAUGGGAGCACUUCACAUGAGCACGUGACCACCCAUGGGACCACAUCCUCCGAAUCCAUCUUCACAUAUGGGAGCACUUCACAUGAGCAUGGGGCCACCCAUGGGACCACCUCCUCCAAGUCCACCUUCACGUAUGGGAGCACCUCACACGAGCACAUGGACACCCAUAGGACCACCUCUGCUGAAUCCAUCUCCACGUACGGGACCAUUUCACGCGAGCACUUGGCCACCCAUGGGAUCACCACCUCCGAGCCCAUCCCCACGUCCAGGAGCACCCCACACGAGCCCGUGGCCACCCAUGGGACCGUCUCGCCCCAGUCCGUGCCCAUGGGUGGGAGCAUCUCCUGUGAGCACCCAUCACCCGGUGGGACCGCGUCGCCCACAGGUGGGAGCUUCUCGUACAAGGACGUGGCCCUGGGUGGGGGCUUCUGGCAGGAGCCCCGUGGGUGUGGGGCCGUGGACAGGAGCAUCUCGCACGAGCACGUGCCCACCUUUGGGACCAUCGCGCCCACGUCCAUGCCCACCUUUGGGACCAUCGCACCCAAGUCCGUGCCCACCCAUGGGACCAUGUCAUGGGCGCAUGUCCCAACAGAUGGAACCACCUUGACCAAGCCCACACCCCCAGAUGGGACCAUGUUGACCAAGUCCUUGCCCAUGGAUGACACCAUCUCAUGGGAGCAUGUCCCAGCAGGUGGGAUCAUCUUGACCAAGUCUGUGCCUAUGUAUAGGACCAUGUCAUGGGAGCCUUCUCCAACAGAUGGGACCAUGCUGACCAAGUCUAUUCCCAAGGACGACACCAUCUCAUGGGCGCAUGUUCCCACAGAUGGGACCAUCUCGACCAAGUCCUUGCCCAUGGAUGGAACCAUCUCAACCAAGUCCACACCCAUGGGUGGGACCAUGUCAUGGGAGCAUGUUCCAACAGAUGGGAACAUCUCGACCAAGUCCAUGCCCAUGGGUGGCCCCAUGUUGACCAAGUCCAUUCCCAAGGAUGACACCAUCUCAUGGGCACAUGUUCCAACAGAUGAGACCAUCUCGACCAAGUCAGUGCUCACAGACGGGACCAUCUCAACCAAGUCCAUGCCCAUGGAUGGCACCAUGUCAUGGGAGCAUGUCCCAACAGAUGGGACCAUCUCGACCAAGUCCAUGCCCAUGGGUGGCACAAUCUCAUGGGAGCAUUUCCCAGCAGAUGGGACCAUGUUGACCAAGUCAAUGCCCACAGACGGAACCAUCUCAACCAAGUCCACACCCAUGGGUGGGACCAUCUUGACCAAGUCAAUGCCCACAGACGGGAGCAUCUCAUGGGAGCAUGUUCUAACAGAUGGGACCAUCUCGACCAAGUCAAUGCCCACAGAGGGGACCAUCUCAACCAAGUCUGAGCCCGUGGGUGGCACCAUCUCGUGGGCACAUGUCCCAACAGAUGGGACCAUCUCAACCAAAUCCAUGGCCAUGGAUGAGAGAAUCUUGCCUGAAUCCACGCCCAAGAAAGGAAGCAUCUCACCCAAGCCUAUGGAUGAGACCUUCUUGCCCAAACCCAUGGAUGCGACCACCUCACCCAAGCCCACCCCCGUGGAUGACACCAUCCCCCAGGACCCCGUGCCCCCUGACGCCACCAUCUCACCCAGUCCCCCCGACCCCAAACGGAGUGAGGAGGAGGAAGAGGAAGAGGAGGAGGAGGAGGAGGAGGAGGAGCAGGACAACGAUGAGGAUGAAGAUGAGGAGGAGGACCUGGAGGAGGAGGAGCCCCUCUUCCACACCAACCCCCUCUUCUGCGGCCAGGCGCCCCUCUACAGGCCGCACCUGCCCCCCCUGCGCAUCACGGAGCUGGACAUCGCGGGCGCCCCCACCAUGGGGGGCACCCAGGAGGUCGCGGUGGCCACAGGGGGGGGCAGCACCAGCCCCAUGGAGCAGGGCCUGGCGUUCUCCAGCCCCCCGGCGCUGACCCCGGUGGGGGGGCACCAGGACUCCCCCCCAGAAUCCCCAGGAGGAGGGGACCCGGCCCCACCCAGCCCUAAGUGCCCCCCAGAUUUGGCACCAGCGGGGGGGGACUGGGGCCCCCCCAGCCUCUUACGCCCCCUGGAUCUGCCCCAACCCAGCCCCCCAGCACCCCCAGACCUGCCCCCCAAAAGCCCCCCAGCACCCCUUGAUCUGCCUGUCCCCCCAGCACCCCCAGACUUAUUCCCCCCCCCAGUAUCCCCAGCAAGGGGGGCACCAGUCCCCCCCCUUCCCCCUUAA